UAUUAGAUCAGGAUUUACACCAAUAACAUCUCCGGUCAGUGAACACAGAGCACAAGAGUAUUGAUUCUAAAGUAACACAAAGACUGGUGGAUGAGGUCAGUCUUUCCUAUUUCACUGGUAAUCGCUGGUCGGUAAGGCUACUCGGAAAAGGCACCUGCACCUUGACAGCUUUGUCUUGUGAGGAGGAGUUUCAGGUGGUAUUAAAGACAGCGCCUCUGUGAACCGGGGAUCAGCUGUGAGGAGAGGAGAUCACUCAGCCGUGCUGGAAGCAUUUCCACUGGAACGUCAUUGGCAAAAGAGAUGGAGCACAGAGGCAGUGUCAGACCUUAUGUCAACUUCAAUGCCAAACAUGAUGCUGAAGUCCUUCAUAAAGCUAUGAAGGGAAUAGGAACAAAUGAAGAUACCAUUCUGAUGCUUCUGAUAUCACGCAGCAAUGAUCAGCGCCAGCAAAUAAAAUCUGCAUACAAAAAAGCAUAUGGAAAGGGGGCCGGAACUGAUGAUCAAGUGCUGAUUGAGAUCCUGGCGUCAAGGUCUGGGGAACAGAUCAAAGAAAUCAUCAAAGUUUACAAGAAAGAGUUUGGUGGAAAACUGGAGAAGGACAUCUGUGGGGACACAGACGGACACUACAGAAAACUGUUGGUGAUCCUGCUGCAGGGGAGCAGAGAGGAAGGUAUAGAUGAAGAUAAUAUUGAGAACGAUGCCAAGGAGCUGUUCGCUGCUGGUGAGGGAAAGUUUGGCACAGAUGAAGAAAAAUUCAUCACGAUUCUUGGUAACAGGAGUGCAGAGCAUCUCCAAAGAGUGUUUGCUGCAUACAAGACGCUCUCUGGCUCCAACAUAGAGGACAGUAUCAAAAGUGAAACUACUGGGAAUUUGGAAAAUUUACUGCUAGCUGUUGUGAAAUGUGCCAGGAGCAUUCCUGACUUUUUUGCUGAAAGCCUUUAUAAGUCCAUGAGGAGAGCUGGAACGGAUGAUGAUACUCUGACCAGAGUAAUGGUUUCAAGGAGUGAGGUGGACUUGUUGGAUAUCAAAGCAAGCUUCAAAAAAAUGUAUGGAGCAUCUCUUUACUCCACCAUCCAGGAAGACACAAAUGGCUACUAUCAGAAGACGCUGCUGUACCUCUGUGGCGGCAAUGAUUAAUCCGAGUCUAUCGGGUGUCGAGCAGCACUGAGCGAUGAGCCACUGAGGAGCUGUGAGACCAAGCUGUAAACAUGAGACCAGAAUAUCGCUUCUCUUUCCAACUCUAGAUUGGUGUCUUUUAAAGUAUUGCACAUUAGCAAAUGUGAUUCUGAUUCUAUUUAGUGAGUCUGGAACAUCCCUUACAGCAAUUCAUUUACCUUAAAUGCACCAGUUUAAAACAUUAAACAGCUAAUUCUAAUAAUAAUUAAGUCAUUAGUUAAUGUUUAAUAAUGAAGUUUUUUCUAGCAUGUUUUUGUAGUGGUGUUUUGAGUGAACUAAUACAGCUGUGUGCAGUGUGAAAGGCAUUCUAAUAAGGUUUUCAUGCCGCAGCAAUGCUACCCUCAGUGAUCAUAGAUAAGGAGCUGACACAGACAGCUGCAGUCAGGAUACUAUCCAUGAGCUCAUGUUAAACCAACAGGCCGGUUUGUCCAGUUUAUAGGAUGACUGGUGAGCAGGAGCUGGACCAGCUGGAGGCAGAGUUUCAGAUUCUUCUCAGUGAUCAAAAAGUUCAACAUUUACAGUUAAUUUCACUAAAUGUACUCAUGAUUUAUUCAGUUUUUGUAGGACAGUUUUUUUUUUCACACUGUACUUUUCACAUGUUUUUUGUUAGUCCUUUUUCUUUUACAUGUGUUUGGAUUUAUCUUGUUUCCUCCAUCUAUUACAUUUGUACACAGAUUAAACCUUUCUGUUUGUGUGUUUCACCAGUUCUGGUUUCUAACAUCUUUGGACAAAAUAAACUAAAAAAAAUAUUGAUGUGAACUUGCUUGAAACAAGAGUUUGGAGUGAUGACUGCAGAAUCUAAGACCGGGGUGGGGGGGUGUGCAAACUACAGCCCAGGGGCCAUGUGCACCCCGUAAAACUGUUCAAUCUGACUCGCCAAACUGGAAUAAAUUCUUAAUAAUGUCUUGUUUUCCCUUUAUUUCUGGUGGAUGGUCCACUAUUAAUACAUUGAUCAAUACAAAGUUCAUAGCAUUCAUGUUUGGUUGGAAGAUUUGUUGUUUUUCAAACAUUCAUGUGUAUUUGUGGAGUCAGACAGUAAUUUUUCCGAUCACUACAUGUACACAGCAUUUCUCUGACUUUACGUAUGCCCCCGAAGGACAUCAGCCAUUUGGUGCAAAAAAAAACAUAAAAACAAAAACAUAGUUUUGAAAUUAAAACUCCAAAAUAUUCUCUUUUAAUAUAUAUAUAUUUAGUCUUCAAUCAAAAUAAAGCAUCUGUUCUUCCCAAUUAUUUGUUUCUGUU